GAGUCAUCAGGACUGCCUUGCACAACAUGGACAGGGAAGCCAGAGAGCAUUAUUCCGUUGUCAUUCAAGCCAAAGAUAUGGCUGGGGGGGGGGGGGGGGGGGGUGGGUGGAGAAAUAUCACACUCACUGAUGUCAACGACAAUCCACCCAGGUUUCCUCAGAAACAUUAUCAACUGUAUGUUCCUGAAUCAGCUCAAGUUGGAUCAGCAGUUGGCAAAAUCAAAGCAAAUGAUGCAGACACCGGUUCAAAUGCAGACAUGAAGUACACAAUUAUAAAUGGUGAUGGCUCUGGGGUGUUCUCCAUAUCUACUGACAAAGAAACAAGGGAAGGAAUUCUUUCCCUGAGGAAGCCGCUCAACUAUGAAAAAAAGAAAUCAUAUACACUUAAUAUAGAAGGAGCAAAUACUCACCUUGACUUCCGCUUUUCGCACUUGGGACCAUUCAAAGAUGUAACAAUGUUGAAGAUCAUUGUUGGCGAUGUGGAUGAACCUCCGCUCUUCACUAUGCCUUCCUAUGUCAUGGAAGUUUAUGAAAAUGCGAAGAUUGGGACUGCUGUUGGCACAGUAACGGCACAAGAUCCUGAUGCUGCCAACAGUUUAGUGAGAUAUUUCCUUGAUCAUAACACAGAAGAGGAUAGGUAUUUCACCAUUGAUGCUAGUACUGGGACCAUUAAGACUGCCAGGAUCUUGGACAGAGAGGAGACACCUUGGUACAACAUCACAGUGGCUGCUUCUGAGAUAGACAAUCCUGGGCUAGUGAGCCACGUUCCAGUUGGUGUUAGAAUCCUGGACAUCAAUGACAACCCUCCAGAGCUCGCCAGAGAGUAUGAUGUAGUUGUCUGUGAGAAUGCAAAGCCUGGUCAGGUAAUUCAGACUAUUACUGCAACUGACAAAGAUUACUCUGCAAAUGGGGCAAGAUUCCAUUUUUCCCUUGAUGAAGGGCUUUCUUUGAAUCCAAACUUUACUCUAAGGGACAAUGAAGAUAAUACAGCCAGUAUCCUGACAAGACGAAGGAGAUACAGUCGAGCCACUCAAGAUAUCUAUUACCUCCCAGUUUUGAUUUCUGAUGGUGGAGUGCCCCCUCUCAGCAGCAGCAGUACUCUCACAAUUCGGGUUUGUGCGUGUGAGAGAGAUGGACGAGUGAGAACUUGCCAUGCUGAAGCUUUCCUCUCCUCGGCUGGCUUGAGCACUGGAGCUUUAAUCGCAAUCCUGCUCUGUGUUGUCAUUCUUCUUGCAAUUGUGGUCCUUUUCAUCACCCUAAGACGUAGCAAGAAGGAGCCCUUGAUCAUUUCAGAAGAAGACGUCCGGGAAAAUGUUGUGACAUAUGAUGAUGAGGGCGGUGGAGAAGAAGACACAGAAGCAUUUGACAUCACAGCACUGCGGAAUCCAUCAGGGGCUGAGGAGCUAAAAUACCGGAGGGAUGUUCGUCCUGAAGUGAAGCCUGUGCCCAGGCAUCAUCCCUCCUCAAGCCUUGACAGUGUAGAUGUUCAGGAGUUCAUUAAACAAAGACUAGCAGAGGCUGAUCUGGACCCCAGCGUGCCGCCGUAUGACUCCCUACAGACAUAUGCCUAUGAGGGUCAUAGAUCAGAAGCUGGAUCUAUCAGCUCUCUGGAUUCAGCCACAACACACUCUGACCAGGAUUAUAAUUACCUUGGAGACUGGGGACCCGAGUUCAAGAAGCUAGCUGAACUCUAUGGGGAAAUAGAAUCAGAAAGAACAACUUAG